GAACUUUUGGAAAGAAUAUUUCGCCCAGAUGGUGCUUGCUGCCAUCUAGAAAUGAGGAGACUUGCUCAAUUUUUCGGGCAAGUGGAACUCUACACGGUGGACCAUGUUUAAAUGACUUUCGGAUUCGUUCCUUGACUGGAAUUGAAGGAGAGGCGCUGAGGUAGUAAAUGGCGAAUGUCGAAUUUGGUACGUGGUGCUGGUGCCGUUGAAUGUAUUUUCCCUAAAAUGAGGCACUCCCUGAACAAAAGGGUAGUUUAAUCAUGUGCAAAAACAACAAAAAACAAAAAAUAUUGUGUAGUUCAUACAUGGUUAUUAAAAAAAUCAAUUGAAUGAGAAGAAACAUUCAAUUGUUUUGUCUUCUUAGCUAGUUUCAAAAUGGAGUAGAGGAGAGACAGGAUUUGUUUUUGUUUCGAAAGGAGACUAAUAUUCUGAGUUUGUACCGAGUGUCAGAAACUAAAAAACUUAAAAUAAUAGCCGAGAUCAAUUGUUUUCAUUCUCCCACAAUACUAUCGGUAUGCUUUAAAGACGUCAUGAAUUCGUUUUUUAAAACCGAUUAUCUUGGAACUGUGUAGAGGACCAGUGUUACCUUUGUAAAACUUUCUGGAUAAAAAUUCCAAGUGGUUCUUUGAGUCAUCGAGAUGUGGAUUGAAGAUGACCUAAAAGAACAACACGAUGUUCAUUCACUGCAGUCUUUAUGCAACUAAGAGCACUUCACACUGGGACGGUGUGUAGAGAGAGACCAGAAACCGUGGCACUUUUCUGGCUAUUUCUGGCGGGGCUGUGUGUUUAUGCAACAGGGGGCGAAUCCCCAGUGCAAUUCCCUGGCCCCGCCACCACAUCCUACAGAUUUUCCCAUCUUGUGAUAGAUUACAAAACUGAAAAAAUUUUCGCCGCAGCAACAAACAAGAUAUUCCAGCUGAAUUCGAACCUUGUUUUGGAAAAAAUUGUCUCGACAGGUCCACGAAAUGACAGCCCACAGUGCCAUGCAACCGGAUGUGGUAGUUCCGAUAUCAAACUCUCUUUAAUGGACAAUUAUAAUAAAAUUUUACUGAUAGAACCAGACAGUAGAACAUUAUUAACUUGUGGUUCUCUUUCUCAAGGUGCUUGUUAUAAAUAUAAAUUGAACGAUAUUGGUACUACCCCAGAGUUUAUUUCGAUCAGUGUUGCUGCAAAUGAUGCGAACGCCUCAACUUACGCGUAUAUCGGGCCUAAAGGUUAUAAUCUCUGGGGCCGGCCAAAUAUAUUAUAUGUUGGAACAACUUUUACGAACACCGGCGAAUAUAGACAUGAUGUUCCGGCGAUAGCAAGUAGAAAUUUGGAUACACUUGAUUAUGCAGAGUAUUCGUUCAGCAAACAGUCCUUGUUGAACAUAGAUGUGAAGUAUAGAGACCAUUUUAUUGUCCAGUACAUAUAUGGAUUCAAUGCAAGUAAUUACGCUUAUUUUUUGAUAGUCCAGAAACAGAGUCAUUUACCAGGACAAGAAGAACAAGGAUAUGUAUCAAGAUUAUCUCGGACGUGUAUCAACGAUCCAAACUAUGACAGCUAUACUGAAGUUACCUUGCAAUGCGUAGAUAACGAUCAAAAAUAUAAUCUCGUUCAAGAUGCGAAAAUUACAAGUGUGGGUAGUGAACUAGCAUCAGCCCUUGGGAUAUCUGUUGGUUCCCAUGUGUUAGUAGCCGUUUUCAGACCGUCCAGAGGUAUCACAAACGAACCUCAAUCUCAUUCCGCUCUUUGUAUCUAUCCUCUUAGAGAUAUUGAAAUUAAGUUUAACGAAAAUAUUCACAUGUGUUUCAAUGGCAGUGUUAAGUACAGAAAUAUGGGCUACGUUUCGGGGCCCAUUCAAGACGGUAAAUGUCCCAGUAGUGGUACAGCAGGUAAUGUUCCUAAUUUCUGUGAAGUUGGUUUGAAGAUCAGUGGCGCUACACCUAUAGUAACAUAUGCCUCUUUGAUAUUCCCAAAUGUAUCCCUAUCUGCGGUAGCAACAGCUUCAACAGGUCGGCAUGUACUAGCGUUUCUUGGUACUACAGAUGGGAGCGUUAAGAAGGUUUUGCUCUCUUCCCAGUUUCCCACAGAGUAUGAAGAAAUUGUUGUGGAUAAAGGACAUGCCAUCUUACCUGACACCACACUAUCACCUUCUGGAGAACAUCUAUAUGUCCUUUCAACUUCUCAGAUCACGAAAAUAAAAGUUGAGCAUUGUAGCAGCUAUAGCAAUUGUUCUUCCUGUUUAGAAUCCAAGGAUCCUUAUUGUGGAUGGUGCUCUCUAGAAAAAAAAUGUACAGUGAAAUCGGCUUGUCAAAAAGCCACACACAGCUCUCCUAGGUGGCUAUCACUUGGCACUGGUCAACAAUGUAUAGAUUUUGAACAAGUUUAUCCAGAACAAAUACCAAUAACUCAAAUGGCCAAAGUGAAACUUAUCAUCAAAACACUGCCAGAUCUCCCAAUAGGCGCAAAAUAUAAAUGCGUUUUUGGAAAAGCUGAUCCUAUAGAUGCUGAAGUGAAUGAGUAUGGUUUAGCUUGUUACACACCAAGUUUAUCCCAGAGACCAAGAAUCCCAUCUAGACAAGACCAUACGCUUGUUCCUUUGAGCGUUAGAUCCUCGGAGACAAAUCAAGAUUUUGUGUCCAGAAAUUUUGCUUAUUACGACUGUUCCAGACAUUCAACUUGCAGGGAAUGCGUCAGAUCUCAGUGGGCAUGCAAUUGGUGUGUUUACGAAAAUAAGUGUUCUCAUAAUAUUUCCAGUUGUCAGCGCACUGUUAUAAGCGGUGAAAACAACCCAAUGCGCCUGUCAAAUCAUGGUUUCUCUUUUUGUCCGCAAUUCAGAAAUCGUAAUCCCAUUCUCUUGCCUAACAAUGUUCCAAAAGAAAUGAAAUUUGAAGUGGAGAACUUACCAUAUCCACAAGCUGGACAUAUGGGUUUUCAGUGUAUCACCAAUAUUGAGGGUGCUACAAUGUUGGUGCCUGCUCGUGUGGAUUCUGGAAAGUAUAUAAUAUGUGAUAAAACAAUGUAUUCAUAUGAAGCAAUCGAGGGAGAAUAUAUAGCAGAGGUUCAAGUUGUUUGGAACAAAAAACACCAUAUAGAUUCAGCAAAUGUCACAUUAUAUAAAUGCGAUAUUUUAGGAUCGCACAGAGAACACGCUGAUUGUUCUUUGUGUGUCACUAGAAAUUCAAAAUAUCAUUGUACAUGGUGCGGAAAUUCAUGUUCAUACAGGGAAACAUGCCUGCAGAUACCUCAUGUCGAAUGUCCACGACCUCGUAUAGAUAUGAUAAAACCUCUUAGUGGCCCUAUUGAAGGAGGCACUCUAGUAACAAUUGAAGGUAGCAACUUGGGUCUCAAGAAGUCCGAUGUUCAAGGCAAAAUUCGAAUUGGUGAUGUUCCAUGUACUCUGGUGAAUUAUGAAGUUUCAGUCAAGAUACAGUGUGUCACAGGCCCCUCCAAAAGUGAAAAGACUGUACCAAUAAUAGUUGGUAACUUAGCAGGUUUCACUGAAUCAUCUGUAGAGUUCAGUUAUAAGGACAUUGUUCUGUCAGGAAUAUACCCAUCAAUUGGUCCUCAAUCAGGAGGAACCCAAUUAGCAAUAACUGGUCAAUACUUGAAUAUAGGAACCGACAUAAAAGCUUACUUGGACAAUUAUAUUUGCACUGUUAAUGUUACUCAGGCGUCUAGUUCAAGAUUACUCUGUAUUACAUCAAAGGCAGAGAGGCCAGUCCAGAUAUCUCGAUUGACUCUUAGUAUCGACGGUGCUAAUAGAACUCUGAGUGGAAAUCCAUUCAACUAUACUUUGGACCCCACAAUUAUGGAAAUAAAACCUUUGACAAGCUUUGCUUCUGGAGGUAGAAUGAUAUUUGUUCAUGGUACAAAUUUAGACAGCAUACAACAACCGGAAAUGGAAGUUUUUUUGUAUAACAAACCAACAAUUCCGUUGAAUAAAACUCUUUGUACUGUUCUGAGCGCCAUCCAGAUGGAAUGUCCAAGUCCUUCUGUCUACAGGCAGUUUGUAGAAAGUACGAAGAGUUCUAGGUACCAGAGGUCUCUUCAAAAGCCAUCAGCCAUGAAAAUGCCUGAAGCUCAACUAGUUCUUAAAGUAGGUUUUGUGAUGGAUGAUGUACAGACAGUUAGAGACUUGGAUAAACAUUUUCCCAACAUAAGGAGUCAGUUGGUCUAUGUUGAAGAUCCAAAGUUUUUUAAAUUCCCAAAUGAUAUUUACUUGUAUAAGGGCGAAACUUUGGUCAUUGAGGGUGAAAACCUCAAUUCUGCCAGUGAAGAGGCUGAUGUAGUGGUAACAGUAGGCGAUAAACCUUGUAAUAUAAGUGGAUUAGCUUCAGUACAGUUGGUUUGUUAUCCUCCAGAGCAACAACCUCAAGAUACUGAUGAACAUGGCAUCAAGACUGAUACAAAUUUACCUCUGGUUGUGGUUAGGGUUGGAAAAAACUUGAGGUUUCCUUUAGGCCAUAUAAAGUACGACAUGUUCAAAAAUUUCGCAUUUCCCCCUGAAGCAGUAGCUAUGAUUAUAACUGUGUCUAUUCUCUUCUUAUUUUUCUUUUUGGCUGUUUUGAUUGUUUAUCGAAGAAAAUCAACGCAAGCUGAGAGGGAAUAUAAAAGGAUACAGAUACAAAUGGACACACUAGAAAGUAAUGUUCGCUCUGAGUGCAAAUUAGCAUUUGCAGAACUUCAAACUGACAUGACUGAUCUUACCGCAGAUUUAGAGAAUUCUGGCAUACCCACAUUAGAUCACACCAACUAUGUCAUGAAAGUCUUUUUCCCUGGUGUUAGUGAUCAUCCCAUCUUAAAUUCUCCCAAGAUUCGUCUCAAUGGGCCAAGGACAAACUAUGAUUCAGCAAUGUUGCAAUUUGAGCAAUUGAUAAAUAACAAAUACUUUGUACUGACAUUCAUCGAAAUUUUAGAAUCUCAGAAACUGUUUACCAUUCGUGAUAAAGUAAGCGUUGCCUCACUUCUAAUGGUUGUGCUUAUGGACAAGAUGGAAUAUGCUACAGAUAUUCUUAAAUGUCUUUUGUUGAGGCUCAUUGAUAAAUCUGUAAAUACAAAACAUCCACAGUUAAUGUUGAGACGAACAGAGAGUGUUGUUGAGAAAAUGCUAACUAAUUGGAUGGCAUUAUGUAUGUAUCAUUACCUUAAAGAAUAUGCAGGUGCCUCCCUCUUUCUUCUCUUCAAAGCCAUUAAACACCAGAUAGAGAAAGGGUUAGUGGAUGCUAUAACACAUGAUGCCAGAUAUUCUUUAUCUGAAGAAAGGUUGUUGAGAGAAAAUGUGCCCCAUAAUGUAGUGACUCUACACAUUGUGCAAGAUGAUUUGGAUGAAAAAAUUCAAUGUAAAGUGUUAGAUUGCGAUACAAUAAGUCAGGUGAAAUCAAAGAUAUUGGAUGCUCUAUUCAAAAAUACUCCAUUCUCAUUGAGACCGUCGAUUUAUGAAGUAGAUUUAGAAUGGAGGCAUGGAAGAGGUGGACAUUUGACUUUGCAAGAUGAGGAUCUCACAACGAAAACUAUAAAUGGUUGGAAAAAACUGAACACACUAUCUCAUUAUGGAGUUAAAGAAAGUGCAGUUAUGUCUUUGAUAUCCAGGCAGAAUGAUAGCUUUAAUAAUUGUAAACAGCCAUGUCAUAACUGCGCUAGUGGGAUGUAUUUCAAUAAUUCCCAGUCACCUAUUAUCACCACCAAUGGUGAUGUUGAAACUGGAUCUAACACUAGGCUGUAUCACUUAGUGAAACCAAUGGAUGAUCAUCAAUUCAUGAGUAAUAAAAUGGUUGAAAGAACGCACAAAGCUAUUCCAGAAAUAUUUCUAACACGUCUUCUGUCCACUAAAGGAAUUAUCCAGAAAUUUGUGGAUGAUUUCUUUUUAACAGUUCUAACCGUCAAUGAUUCUCUACCUCCAGCUGUGAAAUGGUUGUUCGAUUUGUUAGAUGAGGCUGCUAAGAAACAUGGUAUACAAGAUCCUGAGGUGGUGCAUGCUUGGAAAUCAAACAGCCUUCCUCUGAGAUUUUGGGUUAAUUUCAUAAAAAAUCCAGACUUUAUUUUUGAUAUCAACAAAACUCAAACUUUGGAUUCCUGCCUUUCCGUUAUAGCACAAACUUUUAUGGAUUCAUGUUCUACCACUGAACACAGAUUGGGAAAAGACUCUCCUUCAAACAAACUACUGUUUGCAAAGGAUAUUCCACGCUACAGAAGAAUAGUUUCCCAAUUUUACAGUGAUGUGGCAAAAUUACCAACCAUUACUGAUCAGGAAAUGGGAUCAGCCAUGCAGCAACUGUCGGCUCAACAAGCUGACGAAUUUGAUACAGUUGCUGCACUGAAAGAACUUUAUAUUUAUGUUACAACCUACAGAGAACAGAUAAUGGAGGCACUUCAUGCGGACAUGAAUUGUAGGCGGCUUCACUUGGUCUCUCGUCUCCAACAGGUGGCUUAUAUCCUCGGAGGUGAAGAGAGUUCCAUCUGCUGACAUCGCCAGUCACCUGAUCCUCUGUUGCCCCGAUUCCUGGCGCCCUGAUUCAAUGCACGUUAAAGAUGGUAUCUCGCUUUGGGGCAAACGUGCCGAAGCCGAUGCGUGCGCAAAGGAGCGUCGUUCUGUGAUAUGGUGCAUGAUCAGGUGACUGCAAACUGUGAUUGGAUGUGUACUUAUCCUCCAGCUGCUGCAAGUUUCCUUCCUGAGUGCCUCGCUUCCAUGAGAAAUGAACUUGACGUUGAUGGGACAGAAAGUGUAUACAUGUGGUUUGCACAUCAAUGUGUGCAUUGUUUCAAACACCCUUAUUUAAGGAAAAAUUUAGUCACUAAAAAGUUCUUUCACAUUCAAAUUACAUUAUUUACCGGGUACCUUCAAUUUAGUUCCUUCAUUUUUAUUUUCUUUCGAUUAAUUGGUUUUUAUGUUUUGUGGACUAAAUGAAAAUGAUUCGAAGAAUUUGUAGGCAUUUGUGCAAUUUUUCUCGACUAUAGUAAGGCAUAUAAUGGAAUCUUUAGAACCUUUGGGGAGUGGGGGGAUGCUUGGGUACCCAGGUAGAUCGAACGUCAAUCACUCUACAUGUAUUCGACUGACUCAAUUAUUUUCAGCUUUAAUUUCUUCACGUUUUCACCUUUUAGAUAUAUGCAACGUUUAAGUAUUAUAUAUUUUCGUACAGCGAUUUUUUAUCUAUGAAAUAUUUUUUUAAAUUUGUCAUGGAUUUUAUUUAUCAUGGAUUUCUCAACUAGUCUUAUAAAGUAUAUUGAAUGUAUCAUCAAAUUUCUUUUACUCAAUUAUUUUUUGGUGUAAUACACGAAACCAGUGAAUAUCCCAGUACCUUUGAUUUUUCCAUAAACGAAAGCAAAUCUAGAACAUACUAAUGAUUUGAAUUUUGAGGUGAGGAGGGAAACCUAUCAGUUGAACUGAAAUAUUUUUUUACCUACCCCAAGUCUUUUUCAACCCAAGUUUUUCGAAUUAGGAAAUUAGAAUAUCGGUUGUGAUGAAAUUUUUAAAAAUAAUUCGAUCUUGUGAAGAACAAUUUUUCUCUAAAAAGUCCAUUUUAGCUAAAUUUUAUAAUUAUGGAGAGGGGUAGUUCAUGUGUGUGCUGUGUAGGUGAAAAAAGAAUAGAUUCCUCCAUAUGAAUUCGUUUUAGAAUUGAAGACAAAACCAGUAUACAUUUUCAGAUAAACUAAAUGAACACAUGCCACAAUUAAUGUAUAAUAAAUAUAUGAACAAUAUUUUUAGCUCUUGUUGUUACAUAAAUAUAGAUACUUUAUAAGAUAGUGUUUUUUAUAUCUCAGUCGUUUAUAUGAUUAUUAUAGUGAUAUGAGCCGGAACUUGAUUAAUGUCGAAUUUGUCUUCAAGUCCAUUGAUUUGUACUAUUUACAGAAUGUGCCAUUACUCAAACCAAUAUAUUUGGCCAUUUUACUUCGAGCAUAAUCAAUUACUUACAAAACUCAGUGUUUCCACUAUUUUUAUUUCAAUUUACUUCUAAGGCUCGUUCUGUAAUAAUGUUGAAAUAAGCAUAAUUUUAACUUAAUUUUUGUAAAUACAUGUGCAUAUAGAUUAUUAUAUUGGAUUUAAGAAAGCAUUUAUGACACCUUGGUUGAAUUUCAAUAUCCUGUUGAUAGCUCGUGAAAAAUAUUCAACAUCUAUAUUUUUCAUUAGAUAGCGAAUAUUGCAAUUCUAUCUCAAAAUUUCGAAUAUUAUUUAGUAGGUGGAUUUUUGACCCUAUUCCAUUAAUUUUGAAAUUUUAGUAAUGUGAUCGUGAAUUAUAAUUACUGAUGCUUUUUUGUAUAAAAGUGUACUUGUUUAGUGAUAUUUUUUUACUCUAUUAAAACAUGUAUUCCAAA